AUGUUUAAGCUGCUGCCUAAGGGCAAUGAGGAUGAGGUGAAGCAAAGUAAGUGUCAUUUCUGGAUUAAUCCAUCUUUUAAAUUAUCCCCCAUUGUCACCACUCUUGGUGGUACGCCCUUCCCAUAUCAUAUUUACCACAGGGUCGCCUCUUAGUUCAACUGCCCUGUCCGAAUCCAACCUUAUCCACCAGUCAUGUCUUUCGCGCUUUGAGCUUGAUUACUUUCAGAUCCGGCGCUUAUCGUGUUCGAUACUGUAUCAUGUCUCCGAUCUCGGCGGACCUACCUUUUUUGCGUCCUCCUUUUCUUUAUUAUGUUUCUUUACGCCUCCACAGUAAUGAACCCCAUCAAAACACAGCUACAAAUCUCCAAUUCCAACUAUUUCAAAAAGCCUCCCGGCACAGAGGACCUGAAUUGUGCAUGGGUUUUGGACGGGAACCACCCGGAAUACAUUAAAAUGUUGGCAGCAAAUAGGACAGUCUACAACGAUCCUGCUGACGAAUCCGAACUUCCCAUGGACUGUGAAUCCAUCUAUGAGAGGCAUCGGUUCGUAACGGCUCCCACAAGCAAUGAGGAAGAGGACUUCCCCAUAGCGAUUAGUCGCCUGGUUUAUCGCGAUUAUUUCUAUCAUGAGAUGGUAUUGGCCGCGCUGUAUCAGCCGCAGAAUCAUUACUGUUUUUCGGUCGACAGAAAGACAACUCCGCUCUUCCGAAAGCGAUUCGAAUCCCUGGCGAAAUGCUUCCCCAAUGUGAUUAUAUCGAAUAACAGCAGAGAGUUGUACAGUUCCGGGUAUAACCUCGACUGGGCCAAUAUUGAUUGCCUGGCGGCGUUGAAGGCGGACAAUCGCAGGUGGAAAUACGUUAUGGUGUUACAGGUAAGCACCCUUUGUCGGUUUUCGAAGACACAGCCCAGGCCCUCAGUGGGGAAAUUGAUGUGAAUCCGCAGAUGUGGAUUACCAGACUUCAUCGUUAAUAUAACAUUUUUGCAGAACCAUGACUUCCCUUCCAAGACAAACCGAGAAAUUGUUCAGAUCUUCAAAUGGCUUAACGGAACCACUGAUAUUUCGAUAACGCACGGAUUUGAACAUAGAGUGAACUGGAACCUCACGUGGACCGUGAAUAGUAUCGGGCUUUUUCGGAACGGUAAUUUGCAGCGCGAAAAGUCUCACCACUUCUUUCCUCUAGUAAUAGGAUAAAAAUUUCUUGUUAUUUUUAUCAGUCUGUUGGGAAAAUAAAGACCUCAAUGUCGAUGCGCCAAUCGCAUCACUGAAGUGAAAAACAACUUCAUCUUUCCGAGAGGCAACUUCUCGGCAGCGAUGCGAUUUUGAGGUGCGACAGAGUGGCCAUUCUUCUCCCGACAGACUCGUAUAUAAAUCCGAAUUGCAGAUUCUAAAUUCAAACGGAAGUAUGACGAGCAGGACGUUAAGCUCGUCUUCGCCAAAGGCGACAAUGAAAUGAGUGCUAGUCGAGGAGCAAUUGACUACAUUUUCGAUGAGAUGAAUAUAACCGAAUUCGUCUCGCGGAUCAAUCGAGAAGGCGUCUUCGGAGUUGAUGAAAUCGUGUUUCCAACCCUAAUGUCGAUGCCGGAACUGAACGUUCCCGGCCAUUACACUCAGGAGUGCACCGUAUAUCGCAAAAUGAAUACGUACAUAACCCGACGGUCCAAUUUUGGGAACAAAUCAAAAUGUUACAGUAAGAAUUUCCGCCAUGGGAUCUGCAUUUACGGCGUGGAAGAUUUGCGGGAUCAUGUGCAUAACACGCCGUUCAUCAACAUCAACAAAUUGAUCCCGAGUUUCGACUUCAACGCAGUUGUCUGCGAACUGGAAGCGCUGCAUAAUCGGACGUUCUUAGUUCCGUUCGAAGAAGGCAACUUGAACAAAACGUACUACGAUAAUUUACGACAGGUGAGCUAAAAACUGAAAAAAGUUUUUAUAAGAGCGCCGUAGUUUUAGCUUUCUUAAUUUUUGCGUGCGCAAUGCGCUAGAGCACACAUCAAACCUGCAGUAUUAUCAAUCCGUCAGGGAAAUAAAGAGCAUGGGGUUGCAUCCGAAAUCGCAUUGCCGCCGAGAUAAUGAAUUGUGCCGCGACAGAAUCAAUUUAUUUUUCACUUCAGCGUUGUGGUUGGCGCAGCGACAUUGGGUAUAGCAGGUGGAAAUUUGUAAAAAAAAAAGAUAUUUUCCACGGUUAUGAAAAAGGAAAUCUGAACUUUGCGGCGUCAAAACUAGGUCGCUACUUUCAUUUUUCCCAUCAGCAAGCCUAACCAUAUAAUUUCAGGUAAAAUACCGUAAGACAGGAAAAUGCUAAAUUCGGAUCUCAAUAUCUGCCAGGAAAAUAAACCUAUCCUAGUUCGGACUAAACUACGUUGUAGUUCUAUGGUGUUUUUACAGCCAUAAUAAAGAGUUUGAAAAAAUGUUAAAUCUGUGUACGGUUGUGCAGGGAAUUCUUUGCAGAACGGAGGUAAGAACGUCAAAUUAUGCAGCGCUUACAGCUCGCAAACAACUGCGUUGAAGUCGAAACUCGGGGUCAAUUUGUUGAUGUUGAUGAAGUUCAAACUAUGGCGUUGAAGUUAUGGACAUGAUCCCGCAAAUCUUCAACGCCAUCGAUGCAGAUCCCAUGGCGGAAAUUCUUACCGCAGCAUCUUUGUUUGUUCCCAAAAUUGGCCCAUCGAGUUACGUACGAGUUUCCAAGAAGUUUAAAUUGAUUUUAAAAUGAUGGUUGGGUUAAGUGGCUUCAUUUCGUCAUGCUGGGCUCAACACCGAUACUGCAUUUUUUGCAUUACAUUUCCGGAAAAAGUCUGGAAAAAUUGUAGCGAAAUGACUUCAAAUUUCCGGGCUUUCUUUUUUGCGUUUUUAAAUAGAUAGAUACGACCUCCGCUACUUCCUCGGAGAUUGCUUGCCCCGAGACAUAGAUAAGAUGCCGAUUUAACUGAAAAAGCGGUAUUUAAAAUAGCCCGUCAUCAUCGCGCGAAAACAUUGACUAGUUUAACUGCUAACUCCUUUAACUUCCCUGAAUGAUUUUAAUCUUCUUGGCGAAGUUAGCGCGGCGGAUGUUGAACAUGCCAAAAUAGAAACUCCUCGUGAAGUCUCUGUCAACCCAGCAAUACCUUACGGUCAAUCCAUUGUGGAAGGCCAUGAGCAAAGCAAAACGGGACGAUCUGCAAGUGCUGCGAUUUGUCGCGAUCUCAUCGGUGCUGUUGUUCCAUUUGUGGCCUCAGACUUUCGCAAAUGGCUACCUUGGAGUUGAUAUGUAGGUGUGGUAAGAGUGCUUAUCGUUAGCAUUUUUUUUAUCUUUUCUUAGUUUCAACGUUUAGGUUCUUCACGCUCUCCGGCUUCCUGAUGUUCAAAAUCCUCUCCUCCAAAGAACUCAAUGCAUCCACAAUUCGCACCUUCUACUUUCGCCGGCUAAAACGCAUCUUACCGGCCCAUUUCAUCAUCGUGCAGCUUACUCUCCUCGCCGGCUACAUGUGCUUUACCCGCACCGAGUACAAGGGACUCUUGAGGCAGUCUACAAGCGCUGUGACUUUAACUUCGAACAUGUUCAACUUGCCGGAAUUUGGCUACUCGGUGCAGAAUGAUGACUAUAAUUUGUUCCUGCACACUUGGUCGUUGUCGGUGGAAGUUCAAUUUUAUCUGAUUUGCCCAAUGAUUCUGGCUUGCUUGAGCGCCUUGAAAUCGAAAAAUGAGAAAGCUCCAGUGGCCUUCGUGUUAUCUGGAAUAGUGGCUUCUUUUUCCUACCAAUGCUGGAACAGAAAUGGUAAUUCUUUGCUGCAAAUGGGCACAAUACCGGUGCGCCGGCUUGAAAAAAGACAAAGCAAAUCCCCGGUCGCCGAAGUGUUUUUUAGAGAGUCUGUCACACAAGAAGAAAGGCAUCUAACUUAA